AUGACGGUAAGCAACCCGCAAGGCCCCUUGACUGUCCUGGCGUCAAGUCGAGCAGUGAUUCCCCAAGACGACGGCACUCUGACCGUCUCGCCCGCGACGAUUUGCGUUUCACCAGUCACCGGCAAGAUCGUGUCCGUAACGCCAGAAAUUGUGUCCCAGACGAGCUUCCCCACGGACUCGACAUAUGUGGAUCACUCACCUAAGCUUUUACUGCCCGGCUUGGUGGAUGCCCAUGUGCAUCUUAAUGAGCCAGGUCGUACGGAAUGGGAAGGCUUUUGGACCGGUACCAGGGCCGCGGCCAGUGGUGGUGUAACAACCGUGAUUGACAUGCCCUUGAAUGCCAUCCCUCCCACGACGACUGUCGAGGGAUUCAAGGAGAAGCUGGCGGCUGCCGAUGGCCAGUUGUGGGUGGACGUGGGCUUCUAUGGAGGUGUUAUUCCCGGGAAUGCAGACGAGUUAAAGCCGCUCGUUGAAAUGGGCGUGAGAGGCUUCAAGGGCUUCUUGAUUGAAUCAGGUGUUGAUGAGUUUCCGGCCAUUACCCCCGAGGACAUAGCUUUGGCAAUGGAAACCCUUAAGGAAAGUGCUACGACCCUGAUGUUCCAUGCAGAAAUGGAACCGUGUGCUGGCCACAGCAACGAGUAUGCGAAUGGUCAUUCCAACGGACGCACCAACGGUCAUGCACCGGAAAGUGAUGUUACGGCCUACCAGACAUUUCUCGACUCCAGACCCCCAAGCUUUGAAACCACGGCAGUCCGGGAGAUUCUGUCCGCAGCACAUAUUGCGCCUUCGUUAAACUUACACAUUGUCCAUCUCUCAGCCACCCAGUGCAUCCCUCUACUCAAGGCAGCCCGGGCAAGAGGCGUCAAGAUUACCGCAGAGACCUGCUUCCAUUAUCUGGCUCUUUCAUCGGAGGACAUUGAGAAGGGAGACACUAGACACAAGUGCUGUCCGCCUAUCCGGGACGGCCGAAACCGCGACGGCCUGUGGGAGGAACUUGUUUCCCCAGACUCGUGCAUCAGCACUGUCGUCUCGGACCACUCCCCUUGCACACCGGAACUCAAACUUCUCCCAACAGAACUUUGGUCGGCUGCAGAGCCAGACCCCGUACAGAAAAGGGUCAAAGAGGCGGGUGACUUCAUGGCCGCAUGGGGUGGAAUCUCCUCGGUCGGUCUCGGCUUGCCAAUCAUGCACUCCGCCGCCAAGAAACGCAGCAAGACGUCCAAAACCCCCACAAUUACUGACAUUGUCCGACUUUGCUGCCAGGCUACCGCAGAACAAGUCGGCCUGUCGCACCGAAAGGGCUCAAUCAAGGUGGGCAUGGAUGCGGACAUUUGCGUCUUUGACGAUGCUGAAGUGUGGACAUUUUCACAAGGUGACAUGCCCUGGAAGAACCGGUGUUCGCCGUGGGAGGGGCACGAAUUUACGGGCAGGGUGAAGGAGACUUGGCUGCGAGGCCGGAGGAUUUAUGAAAUGGGUGCACAGCGCAGUGGGUUUGUGGGAGUCGAGCCCUCCGGAGAGAGCAUCACCGAGCCAAGGACGAUGUGA